AUGGAGUCACUCAGUGAGGCGAAUGCCCGCUUUGGGUUUGAUCUGUUCCAACAGAUGAGGAAAUCGAAAGAGGGUAACAUCUUCUUUUCCCCACUAAGCAUCUCCGCGUCCUUCGCCAUGGUCACUUUAGGUGCAGCAAACUCCACGGCCUUACAAAUGGAGAAGGUCCUCCACUUUGCUGAUGUCACAGGAAGCCCCUCAUCAGACGCUGCAAAAGGGCAGAUGGCGAAAAAAGAGAAUGUGCAUUCACAAUUUCGAAAGCUUCUGACUGAACUAAAUAACCCCACUGAUGCAUAUGCGCUGACCAUUGCCAACAGGCUCUAUGUAGAACAAAAGUAUCAGUUGCUUCAGAAAUACUUGGAUGAUGCUAAGAAAUUUUACCUGUCCGGUGCAGAAGCUGUUAAUUUUGGAAAUGCUGCAGAAAAAAGCCGAAAGGACAUAAAUUCCUGGGUGGAAAAGCAAACACAUGGAAAAAUCCAGGACCUGUUCCCUGAGGGCUCCCUCAGCUCGUCCACGAUACUGGUCCUGGUGAAUGCCAUCUAUUUUAAAGGGCAGUGGGACCGUAAAUUUAAUAAAGAAAUUACAGAAGAGGAAAAAUUCUGGCAGAACAAGGACACGAGCAAAUCUGUGAUGAUGAUGAAGCAAAGAGAGUCCUUUAAUUUGGCCUUCCUGGAUGACAUGCAAGCCAAGAUCUUGGAAAUCCCAUACAAAGGCGAAGACCUCAGCAUGUUUGUCCUGCUGCCGAAUGAAGUCGAUGGACUCCAGAAGAUUGAAGAUACACUCAGUGUAGAAAAGUUUCUGGAGUGGACAAGCCCCUCGUUUAUGAAGAAGACCAAAGUGGACUUGAACUUGCCCCGGUUCAGAGUGGAGGAUAAAUACAGCCUCAGCGCCAUGAUGAUAGCCCUGGGCAUGGUGGACGCCUUCAGUCCACAGGAUGCCGACUUCUCCGGCAUGACAGGGCGCAGGAACCUGGUGCUGUCGAAGGCCCUCCACAAAGCCUUUGUGGAGGUGAAUGAAGAGGGGACUGAGGCAGCAGCCGCCACGGGCAUAGAAGCGGUCCCAAUGUCCUUACCCUACUAUGAACCCUUCCACUGCAACCACCCUUUCGUGUUCUUCAUCAAGCAGAAGAAGACCAACAGCCUUCUCUUCUUUGGCAGAAUCACUUCCCCCUAA